AAGUCAUUCAAUAAUUGAUAAGCAGCCUCUUGCUCUCAUCUUCAUCUUCUUUCUUUUUCAGUUCUUCCUAUCAUCAUUCAUUCUCUCUAUUAGACAGACGUAUACUCCACAAAAAUGAGCUGGUGGUGGGCAGGUGCAAUCGGUGCAGCCAAGAAAAAAAUCGAUGAAGACGAUGCGCCCCCUAAAUACCAAAGCGUGGCGCUAGUAAUCGGGGUAACAGGUAUAACAGGGAACAGCCUCGCCGAGAUCCUCCCCCUCUCCGACACCCCUGGAGGCCCUUGGAAGGUCUAUGGCGUCGCCCGCCGUCCCCGUCCUUUCUGGAACUCUGAUUAUCCUGUCGAUUACAUCCAGUGCGACAUCUCCGACGCCACUGACGCCUCUUCCAAGCUCUCCCCUAUUUCCGCCGAGAUCACGCACAUUUUCUACACCUCAUGGGCCAACAGAUCUAAUGAGCUCGAUAACUGCGCCGUUAACGGAUCCAUGUUCCGGAAUGUUCUAAACGCUGUCAUCCCCAACGCACCUAAUCUUCGUCACAUCUGUUUACAGACCGGCCGGAAGCAUUACGUCGGACCUUUCGAUCUAUGGGAGAAAUCCCAGGCUCACGAUCCUCCUUUUUAUGAAGAUCUCCCUCGAUUGGAUUGUCCGUCUUUCUAUUACACUCAAGAAGACAUUCUAUUCGAGGAAGUCUCUAAGGUAGACGGGCGAAUAACGUGGUCGAUUCACCGGCCGGGAGUAAUCUUCGGUUUCUCUCCUUACAGCUUGAUGAACUCGGUAGGAUCGCUCUGUGUAUACGCCACGAUCUGCAAGCACGAGGGUCUUCCGUUGAAGUUUCCUGGAUCGAAGGGAGCAUGGGACGGCUAUUACGAUGCAUCUGAUGCUGAUUUGAUAGCGGAGCAUCAGAUUUGGGCGGCGGUGGAUCCUUACGCCAAGAACGAGGCUUUUAAUAUCACCAAUGGCGACGUUUUCAAAUGGAAGCAUCUGUGGAAAAUUCUAGCAGAGCAAUUUGGUGUGGAAGAAGCAGAGUUUGAGGAAGGGUUCAGUCUGGAGGAAGCUAUGAAAGGGAAGGAGGGUGUUUGGGAAGAGAUAGUGAGAGAGAAUGAACUGGCAGAGACGAAGCUGAAGGAGGUGGGGAAUUGGUGGUUCGUUGAUCUGAUGUUCAGCAGGGAAAUGCCUCUGGACUCCAUGAACAAGAGCAAAGAACAUGGGUUUCUGGGUUUCAGAAACAGUAAGAAUUCGUUCUACUCCUGGAUUGAUAAGAUGAAAGCAAACAAGAUUGUGCCUUAAUCAACUGAGUUUGUUUGCACUUUAUGGUCUAUUUGGAACUGUAAUUUAAGUUUGUUUUUUCUCUUUUUGUGGAUGUUUACUGCCUCAUGUCUGAAUUUCCAUUAUAAUUAAAGUGUGGGUCAUUUCUUGUUGUGCUAAA